AUGGCAGCCCAGCAUGGCAGCGUGGCAGGAUCCGAGUCGGAAGGCCUGGAGCAGCGGAUCCACCACAUCAACAACGAGUCUCUGGAAAGUACCAGGCGAAUGCUGCAGCUGGUGGAUGAGAGCAAAGAUGCCGGGAUUCGAACUUUGGUGAUGCUGGACGACCAAGGGGAGCAGCUGGACCGCAUUGAGGACGGUUUAGACCAGAUUAUCCAAGACAUGAAGGAAGCUGAGAAGAACCUCAGUGACAUGGCCAAGUGUUGCGGCCUUUUCGUCUGCCCCUGCGCCAAGUUAAAGAACAUGAAGGCCAUGGAGGCUAGUAAGGCGGCCUCUGGCAACAGCCAGGAUGUGGUCUCACAGCAACCCAUCAUGAUGACCGCAGGGACACAGAUGAUGAUGAGCGGGCCCUUCAUCCAGCGCCCCACAGACGACGUGGAGGAUGAGAUAGAGCAGAAUCUGACCCAGGUGGACAGCAUGCUGAGUAACCUGCGCAGCAUGGCGGUGGACAUGAGCAACGAGAUUGAUGUCCAGAGCAAGCAGGUGGAGAAUAUCAAAGAGAAGGCCGUUGCCAAUGUGAUCAGCAUCAACGAAGCCAACAACCAGACCACGAAGAUGCUGAAGAAAGCCUGA